GAACAUAAAAUUAGCUCCCAGUUUUGUCGGACUGUGUUUGAGACGCUUCCGUCUGAAACAUGGCGGAGUAUGCUAACCUGCUUCGAAGGGCUUGGGGGCAAAUACGAGGUCAUGGAGGAGUUCGAGGUUUACUACUUCAGUUUUUUAGAGUGAAUGAUUUGAAAACCGGCGCUUUGGUCGGCGUUGAUAAAUAUGGGAACAAAUACUAUGAGGACAAGAAGAACUGCUUCUUUGGGCGUCAUCGUUGGGUGAUCUACACCAAAGAGAUGAACGGGAAGAACACGACGUGGGAGGUGGACGGCAGCAUGGUGCCAGCUGAGUGGCAUCGCUGGCUGCACUCUAUGACAGAUGAUCCACCCACCACACAUCCUCCAGAACCCAAGAAGUUCUUCGCUGAGGUGCAUCAGUUCAACGUAAGCGGCACCCCUCAGCAGUACGUCCCUUAUCCCACCACUCGUAAAAAGAUCCACGAGUGGGUCCCCCCCAAAGCCGGAGCCCAGUGAACUCUGACCUCUUCCUUUCUCCUGUGUAAAUUAUGGAUUCCUGCCUGUUUCCAACACGUUCAAAAUAAAGUCUCUAUACAAACGUU